GAAAGCUGAUAAAGACAAAAAAAUGAAGGAAGUAGGGUUAGCUUUGUAAUCUAUUACAGUAUACAAGUUUACCUUUAGAGAUUAUUCUUCUAAUGCAGGUUGCAACUUGUAUUUUUUAUUCAUCUAUUUGUAAAAUACUGUGGUACGAUAAACCUAUCUUUUUUGGAUUAUAAUUUAAUGACCAAUUUUUUGAUCCGUAGGACGUAGUCAGUCUGUAGUCAGACUCAAUAAAUAGGUUAGGCCUAGCCUAUCUUUGAUGGAUUAUCAAAAAAUUGAUAACCAAUAUGAGGAUGAAGAUGGAGUCACUUCAAUUUUCAUCAAACAAGAAGAUACUCCUGAUGGUGAGACAAAUGACGAGCACGACAGGGACACUGUUGCCACAGCUGAGGACGUCAACCCAUUCGAACCCGCAGUGCAACUUACAUACCUACCCAUUAACAAAGACAAAGAUGACUGUGACAAGAGUGACAAUCCGUUAGCUGAUAAGGAUGACGUCAGGGAUUCAUCAUCUAUCAACCAACCAAAUGAGAAAAAAGGAGCUUCAGGGGAAUUUGAUGAAUUGAAUGCAUCAUUGCAAGAGGAUGAAACUCCAUUACAUUCAGUAUUUGCUGUUGAAUCUGCUUGCCAGGAUGAACAGACCAGCCAUCAAUGUGAAUACUGUUCAAAAAGCUUUGACAAUUCCUUGGAUCUUGGUAAGCACAUCGGUAAAGACCAUGCAAACAAAAAGUUUGAAUGUCAAAUUUGCUUCAAAAAUUUCAAGCGAAAAAGUCAUUUAAAAGAGCAUAUCUUAUCUCAUAGUACCAAAAAGCCAUUCCAAUGUGAAUUCUGCAGCCACAGCUUUAUCAGGAACAGCUUAUUAUUACGUCACAUGAAAAAACAUUUUGGUAAUGAACAGAUACAAUGUGGAAUUUGCUCCGAACAUUUCGAGCAAAAAAGUGAUUUAGAUGAGCAUGUGUUGACUCACAAUGGUGGAAACCCAUUCCAAUGUGAAAUUUGCAGCAAAUAUUUCGACAAUAAACUUCAAUUGACUCGUCAUAUAACUCUUCACGCCAGAGAUAAAUCACUUCAGUGUGAGAUCUGCUAUGAUUUGUUUGCUUACCAGCAUCAAUUGGAGGUGCAUUUAAGAAGACAUGCAGGUGAAAAGCCACACGAAUGUGAAAUUUGUGGCAGAUCUUUCCUACAAAACUUCGAUUUAAAAAGACAUUUACAAACACAUACUGGUGAAAAGCCAUUCAAAUGUGAAUUGUGUAGCAAGGCCUUCUUAAGAAAAGAUCAGUUGGCGCAGCAUUUGAAAGUACAUAAUAAACCUUACCAAUGUGAAUACUGCAGCAAGUGUUUUUCAGAUAAGGAUAGUUUAGUAAUUCAUAUCACACACCACACCAGCGAAAAGCCAUUUGAAUGUGAAAUUUGCAGCAAAAAAUUUAUCAGUGAAAGUAAUUUACUUGAUCAUAGAAUGACUCAUAAUGAUAAAAAACAAUUCCAGUGUGAAUUUUGCAGCAAAAAUUUUAAUAAUGAACUUCAAUUGACUCGUCAUUUAACUCUUCACACCAGAAAAAAAACAUUCCAGUGCGAGAUAUGCAAUGAUUUGUUUGCUUUUCAAAAUCAAUUGAAGGUGCAUUUAAGAAGACAUGCAGGUGAAAAGCCAUUUGCAUGUGAAAUUUGCAGCAAGUCUUUCACACAACACUUUGAUUUGAAAAGACAUUUACAAACACAUACUAAUGACAAGCCAUUCAAAUGUGAAUUGUGCAGCAAGACCUUCUCAAGAAAAGAUCAGUUGGCGCAGCAUUUGAGAAUACAUAAAGGUGUUAAACCAUACCAAUGUGAAUACUGCAGCAAGUGUUUCUUAGAUAAGAAUAAUUUAAUAACUCAUAUCAGAAUCCAUACCGGCGAAAAGCCAUAUGAAUGUAGCAUUUGCUGCAAAACUUAUACACAACAUUCUGAUUUAAAAAGGCAUUUACGAACACAUACUGGAGAAAAGCCGUUCAAAUGUGAUAUUUGCUCUAAAUGUUAUACAGAUAAGAAACUACUGAAUCAACAUUUAAGAACUCAUACUGGUGAAAGGCCAUACCAAUGCAAACAUUGUGAUAAGACAUUUUCAAUGGCAAGUGUUUUAAGGGAGCACUUGAAAGUACACACUGGUGAAAGACCAUUCCAAUGUGAAAUUUGCUCAAAAUUGUUCAAAAGAAGAACUCAUUUGAGCGCACAUAAGAAAGUUCAUACCAAGGCUGAGUCACCGGAGAGAAACCAAGUUUCUGAGUCUGAGCAAGUCGCAGGUCAUUACGUUGGCGUAGAAAAAACCUAAACUUUUUGGACUUGUCACGGGGGGGGGGGAUUUUAAACAUUUUUCUUCAAGUUGGUGCAAUCUUACAUAAUCUGUAUUUCAAGAACCAACUUCCAAAUUUUUUUCCAAUAUGCUAGUUAUUAUUGAAAAUGGAAUAGGCCAAUGUUAUUUUAGCCAAAAAGAAUGCAAUGAAUAGAAUUUUAUAAGUUUGCAAUGUCUUAUUUUAUUUUACUUUCAAUUUUUGCUUUUGUAUACCAACCGCAAUCAGAUGAGUUGAGCAUCUCUAUAGAUUAAUAUUUAUGUAGGUAUUUUGUUGGUGAAUGCAUUGAUAUAUCUUUAGAUAUAAGAUACUUCAUAUUGUCCAGCUAUAAGCUUCUUAGGUGAUGAUUAUUCAACCGUGAUUUAUUGUUGUCAAAGUUUUAUUGUGUUUUUUAAUGCUAUAAUUUUUAUUUAAUUGAAAAAUUUAAGUUUAAAUAUUUUACAGUAUCAUAAAAAUUGUUUCAGUACAAGUAUUCUGAUAUCAGUAUAACUUGUAUCUAAGCACAGUACUGUAUUUAAACGUAAUUAGAGUAUUAUCUCACACAAACUAAUUAUGAUAAUAUGAACUAAAAUAAGCUGCGGCAUGACUAGAAAGAAAUUUAAAAGAAUACAUUCUAAUUGCAUUAUCGGCCAUCGAAAUUAAAUAAUAGACAAUGUUCAACUGAACUAUCGAAAUUCCCUGAUAGAAACUAAAGCUAGGUUUACACCAAAGUUAUUAACAAAAUGUUAAUAACUUAAUCCUGAUAGAUUCUAUUAGAUUGAACAUAAUUUAUCAUACACAUGAUCAACAUAUGUGUUUGUCAAGUUCCAUUCAAUCUAAUAGAAUCUAUAAGGAUUAAGUUAAUAAAUUUAGUGUAAACCCAGCUUAAUCAUUAUUGUAUCACUAAAUUGAAAUUCCAUCUGUUGAUCAACUUUACUAUUAAGGCAGUUUUAUUGUUAAAUUAUUAUUGUUUUUCGGAAAUCUGUAAAAUAGAUGUAAGUAUGCAAUAGAAUGUAAGAUUAUUUUUCCUAAUACUAGCCACACAUCAUCUGUGCCUUACCUCUAUGCUCCACAACGUGGUUUCAAGUGAAAUAGUGUGAAUAUAAACGAGAACACGUUCAAAUAUGUUGAGAAAGUAGUUCAAUUUUCAUUAUAUAGGCUACCAUGAUACCAUUAAAAGUUUUAUGAUUGAAAUAAGCCUUUAAU